AAAACAAAACCACUCUCGAGCUAGGCGGGGUUAAAGUUGAAAGUUCACGGAAUCAUGGCGGCAGCCAAACGUGUGCUUUAUGUUGGUGGCCUUGCCGAAGAGGUAGAUGAGAAGGUUUUACACGCUGCAUUCAUUCCAUUCGGUGAUAUUACAGAUAUUCAAAUUCCAUUGGAUUAUGAAACAGAAAAACACAGAGGAUUUGCUUUCAUUGAGUUUGAACUGGCGGAGGAUGCUGCCGCCGCAAUUGAUAACAUGAAUGAAUCGGAGUUGUUUGGCAGGACCAUCAGAGUAAACAUCGCCAAGCCAAUGAGGAUUAAGGAGGGCUCGUCUCGUCCAGUUUGGUCUGAUGAUGACUGGUUGAAGAAGUUCUCAGGCAAGACAACAGAGGAGUCGGAAGAGGCAGAAUCUGCAGCUGGGGAAUCAGCCAAUACAGCCACGCAAGAGGGAGAACCUCCAGCCAAAAAGGGCAGGAGUAACCCUCAGGUCUACAUGGAUGUGAAGAUAGGCAACAAGCCCGCUGGCAGGAUGCGCUUCAUGCUGCGAGCAGACAUUGUUCCCAUGACCGCAGAAAACUUCCGCUGUCUUUGCACACAUGAAAAGGGCUUUGGGUUCAAAGGCAGCAGCUUCCAUCGGAUCAUACCACAGUUCAUGUGCCAGGGUGGAGACUUCACCAAUCACAAUGGCACCGGGGGAAAGUCCAUCUAUGGCCGCAAGUUUGAUGACGAGAACUUUGUGCUCAAACACACCGGACCAGGUCAGUUGUCCAUGGCGAACUCCGGGCCCAACAGCAACGGCUCUCAGUUCUUCGUCACCACAGACAAGACGGACUGGCUCGACGGCAAGCAUGUGGUGUUUGGGGAGCUGCUCGAGGGGAUGGACGUGGUGCGAGCGAUGGAGGCCCAGGGUUCAAAAGAUGGCAAGCCCAAACAGAAGAUCAUCAUAUCGGACUGCGGGGAGUAUGUGUGAUCUAUGUGAUGUAUUAGUGUGCGUGUGUGUGAGUGAGAGAGAGUGUGAGAGAGAGUGUGUGUGAGAGAGAGAGAGAGAGAGAGAGAGAGAGAGAGAGAGAGAGAGAGAGAGAGAGAGAGAGAGAGAGAGAGAGAGAGAGAGAGAGAGAGAGAGAGAGAGAGAAUGAACUACAAUAAUGAUCGGAUAUGUACACAACGUAUGACAACAGCCCUAUUUGUUACUUUUGUUUUGUAUAGGUAAGACUGUAAUGUAAAUAUGACAAUAAAUACUUUUUGUAAUGUAA